CCUAUAAUCAGAACGCAAAAGUUUCUGCUGUAGCGUCUGCAUACUAUGUACUGUAAUGUGUUUGUAUUUGGAACUACGAGAUUUUGCAUUGUGUCUAACCGCGUUGAUUGCGCCUGUAGCUAAAAUUUUGGCCUGCCACAUAGAUUCCUAAUUAAAACUUUUUUUGAAAAAUAAAACUCUUGGUCGUCUUUCUACAGUAGCUAGUGUACAACCGUUUCUCGGCCUAUUCUGCUUCCUAAAAAUUUACUCUAUAGUGCAAAAUGCAUGCACUAUAUGGUUAACGCUGGCUCGGACCUUAAAUCCGUCUUGUAUAACUGCAAAAAAUAACUACUCUUGAUGAGAAGACGAGACCGGCUGAGACCUCACCAAAGCAAAAAUUCCGACGAAGUUAACUUACCGGCAACACGAUCAUUCCAACAGCAACUGACCACCAAAAUUUGUGACCUCGGAUUUGUAAAUUCCUCGCAAUGACGAUAACAAUUGUGCCGGAGUGGUACGCCGAUUUACUACGUCAUUUGGAAAUUUUCUUUCCCGACACGCUUCCAUUAUAUAAUCUCGUCUGGGGAAAAUUCAACAAAGAUUUGCCGUGGAACGGUAUUGAAUUCGUUGCAGACCGGUGGCCUCAACCUCGCGUUGUGUUGUGCAGACCGCUACAGGAAGUUCUCCGAUGCGGCAGACGGGGAUACGCAUGCAGACAAGUUUGUCCUUAUACUAUUACGAUUUGGUCAUCAGAUGACAACAUUCUCCGUGAAAUGCUGCAACACCAUAAAACAAUUGAGUGGGACCAAGAGAUAAUGUUUCACGGCUUAUCGUGUCCUUCUCCAUUGGAAACAGUUAAUGUGGUCUGCCAGAAUCUCGGGAGCACCACUGGUAGCGACGAAUCGUGGUGCACGGAUGUCUACGAGCUGAAAAGUGAAAACCUACCUGUUUGCUCGACGGAUCUUCCUUCUGGAUUUGUUUUAACAACAUUGACGCAAAAAUAUGCAGACCAGAUAAACAGCGAAUGGUAUUACGGAGGAGGUACAGCGACAAGAGAGUAUCUGCUAGAUAUUCUGGAUCCCAACCGGAAGAAUUACCCGAGCGCCGCUGUUGUGGAAACUGCAUCGGGCCGCGCGGUGUCGUACAUUCUGUAUGAAGCGGAAGGAAAUUUUGCAUUGGGUUACACCGAUCCUGACUAUCGGAAUAAAGUUUUUCGGAUUGUGAAUUAUUCACUGGCCAAAACCAUGUUUGCAAGGGGCCGCAAGAUCAUCUACGUGCAGGUGGCUGCUGACAAUGAUGCUUCACGGAACACAUACAUGAAAUUGGGAGGAAAACGAAUAAACAAUUGGAAACAGCAUUGGUUAUUGUACACUCCUCAUUCCCUCAAUCCACAAGAUACUUGCUACCAUGUGCUGAAUUUUGUGAAAGCAUCCCAGAGCAAUUAACCGCUAACUAACCAUAAAUCGCCCCCGUAUAUAUCCUUGGCACGACUCCUCGUAGUAAUGCUGGUUUUAUUCUUGUAAAUGUCACUUCCUGCAACGUAUUGUAGGCACUCGCUGCGCUUCCGAUGAUUCCAUCGUCAGUUUUUGCACUAACGGAAAAUUGUAUAAAGUAUCCAACUGCUGUAUGUAUUCUUGCUUUAUGGAUACUGGCCCUUGUGCUUUAUUCUUCGCGUGAUGGUUUAACAUUUACUGUAUGUAUUUGAAGUUUUAAUUGUUAGAUAGUCUGAAGGCGCUUUUGCUUUGUUCCUCCCGCGUUGGAGUUUGCCUUACAAUGUUAUUAUUCGUGCUAAAGAUUCGUGAUGCUGAAUACAUAAACGCGGCCUUUGUUUUGUGCGUAUCAGCCUAUGCCUACAGUACGUGCUCCUGUUAGAAGAAAAACCUAAGACCUG